AUGGAUGAACAAGACAAGAAAAAACUUGUGCGUAACCGUGUUGCUAUUGUGGAAUCCUUGAUUGUGGAGGAUGUCCGGGCAUUCCUGAUAGAAAGGGAGGUUUUCACGAGUGACCAGUUUCAGCAGAUCACCCGGCAAACAACACGUAGACACAAAGCAGAGGAGUUGCUUGAUCUGCUUCCAACUCGAGGGCCUAAAGCGUUCCAGGAGUUCCGAAAAGCUUUGAAGCAGUGUAACUAUUCCUUCCUGGACUCACUACUUGAAAAGGGAGGUCUAGAGGGCAAGCCUCAACACACAGAAAGGCAAAAAACAAUCCCAGAAAGUCUACUGAACUCUUUAAAGAGUCUGACAGAGGAAAAUGCAAAACUGAAAGCAGAACUGAAGACUCUGAGGGCAGAGAAUGCUCAGAAACAAAAGAAUAUCGAUAACUUGAAAAGGCAGAAUGACUCUCGAGUGUUGAAGGAACACGUGCAAAAUGAGAAGACAAAGAAAGUGCAAGAAGAGUUGAAGACUUACAAAGAAAAAGUCAGGAUCAUGUCCUCAGUAACUACAGAUAAACUGCUACGAGAUCUUGAAAAGGAAAGAAAGCAGAAAGAAACAUUACAAAGAGAGAAGGAAGAAAUGAGCAAGAAGUUGAGAGACAUCUGCAGAGGGUACGAGGGGUUGAGAAAGAAGGUGGAGGAAUGUAAGAAGAAUCACGGGAGGAAAAUCAUCCACUUGGGGAGUAACAAGUUGGUGGUUCAGAACCCAGAAAAACCACAGGUGAUCAAGGGAACUGGUGUGGUCACAUCUUCCAUGAAGGAUGGAGUUAAAGCUGCACGCGGCUUGCAGAGAACUCAAACAAUGUUCACAGUCGGCUCUCCUGGUCAGGUGAGUCCAGACAGCACAAGAUGUAACACUGCACCUGGGAGGGGUCAGAAACCAGAGUCCAAACCAGUCACUAAAACCAUCAUUGUACCCUCGUGGAACGAAGUUUCUAAAGAGAACAAAGCAGUUUCACACAGUACAAAACCAGUGGUAAGAGUUGGUGGCACUUCAACAGUGAGUCCGAAAGGAUCGAACACUUCCUCACAUCCACCGACUUUUGCAAGAGGAGCAACUGAAGAAACGUCUCCAAGGCAGGUCAGGAGCAGAGCCACAUUGAAAAGCACCAUGACUACGCCUACACAAGUGGGCAAGGACAAAACACAGAAGCAAGAAACAGGCCACAACAAAUUAUCUACAACACCACCGGCUGGGCAACAGUUUUCUGCAACUCGACUGUCACCCCACAGGCCACCUACCGGCUCUAGCGGGUAUCGCUCUGAAUCCAGAAGCACAACUCGGACACACGAUACUGACGACAUCUCAGAAGACACCAGGUCUAGGACCAGCGAGAGACAGGGGCUGCUUUCCAGAAGGGAUAAGGCAUCUCCUAAUAGAGUUUCCACAGGAAGGUCUUCAAGUUCAAGUGGAAGACAUUCAACAACUAAAGUAAAGAUCAAGGUGCCUUCUCCAGACCUGAGAGGUCCCAUAAGUAUUGAGUAUGAAAUAGCGAAUGAGUCACAAUCUGUAGACUCUGAUAGUACAGAAUCAUAG